UUGCAAUCUAUGCCAAGUGCACUGGGACCCUUGGGAAGAGACUUCGGUGAAAGCCAAACACUUCAUACCUCAGUUUCCUAUUUCAGAAAACUCCGUUAGUUCUUCAUCAUGGUCGACGCAUUCUGUGCCACAUGGAAGCUGGUGGAAAGUGAUAACUUUGAUGACUAUAUGAAGGCUCUGGGAGUCGGCUUUGCAACAAGACAAGUCGGCAAUGUAACAAAACCAACGGUUAUUAUCAGCCAGGAAGGAGACAACGUGGUGGUAAAAACCCUGAGCACCUUCAAGAAUACCGAGAUUUCCUUUAAACUGGGAGAAGAGUUCGACGAAACGACAGCAGACGAUAGGAACUGCAAAUCCGUUGUGAGCUUGGACGGCGACAAACUGGUGCACGUGCAGAAGUGGGACGGGAAGGAAACCAAGUUCGUCCGAGAGAUCAAGGACGGCAAAAUGAUUAUGAAACUUACCUUCGAAGACAUACUGGCUGUGCGCACGUAUGAGAAGGCAUAGACUCACCGGCUCCCCUUUCUCGUCGGAUCAGCUCAGUUCUGUUUAUUGGACUACAGACGAGUGUUUUUGUAUUGUAUGUAUAGAGAAGCACUUCAACCACCAAAAUGCUGAAUUUUUGUAAGUGGACUUUUAUAAGUGACGCAGAUUCUUUAAAUCACCAUUUGUAAACCUGUGCAGAGCAUAACUGAAAUAAAUGACAUUAACGGAG